UUCCCAAAGACUUUUUCAGCUCCUGCCUCAGGAGCGAAGACACGAGAAAAACUCCAGACAGAAACAAAACAAACUCAGAGGCGGGGUGCGUGAAGAGGCGGGAUGGUGCUCCAGCCGAGCUGCACAUGUGAGCCCAGAGGCCACCGGUAGCGCUUCUUUUUAUUCUUAAUUCAGAGGGUAGGGAGAAAGAGGAGCGGACGCACUAACACAGAGAGGAAGAGAAAGAGAGAAACUAUUUUUCCCCCCUGCUGCCACAAGUGUCCUGUCACCUUGGGGAGAUGUUCUUUUCGCCGGUGUUCUGCUGGGUCCUCCUGGGCGGUCUGCUGCGAACAGUGGCACCCUGGGGCGCAGGGCGCACGGGCAGACCAAGGCAAUGCGACCCACCAAAGUCGCAAAGCGAGCUGAACUCAUUUCUGUGGAGAGUAAACCGCACACCUCCUCAACCACCCUCUUACUUGUUUGGUACUAUCCACGUUCCCUACACCCGAGUCUGGGACUUCAUCCCCAAUAGCUCCAAGCAAGCCUUCCAACAAAGCAGUAGUGUAUUCUUUGAACUGGACCUCACGGAUCCUCUGACUUUAUCCAAGCUUACCAGCUGCCAGCUGCUUCCCCAUGGAGAAAACCUGCAGACCCUUCUGCCUCGAGACCUGUACCGUCGACUGAAGCGCCACCUGGACUAUAUUAAACAUAUGAUGCCCUACUGGAUGACGGCGGAUCAGAGAGGCCGUGGCCUUUACGCCGACUAUCUUUUUAAUGCUAUUGCAGGGAACUGGGAGAGGAAGAGGCCCGUAUGGGUGAUGCUGAUGGUAAACUCGUUGACAGAGUGGGACAUCCGGUCCAGAGGAACUCCAGUGCUGGACUUAUUUUUGGCUCAAGAGGCAGAACGAAUGGGGAAGACGACAGGCGCGGUAGAGCGGGUUGAAGAGCAGUGUCAUCCUCUUAAUGGGCUCAAUUUCUCUCAGGUUUUGUUUGCAUUGAACCAGACACUGCUGCAGCAUGAAGGUGUCCGAGCAGGCAGCCUUCAAGGAUCCUACACCACAGAAGAUCUCAUCACACACUACAACUGUGGGGAUCUCAACUCUAUAAUUUUUAACCAUGACACCUCUCAGCUGCCUCACUUCAUCAACAGCUCUCUGCCAGUACAUGAACGUAUGACUGCCAUGCAGAUUGACAGCUACUUCCGCCAGGAGCUCAUCUACAAACGCAACGAGCGAAUGGCUCAACGUGUCUCUGCUCUGCUGCAGAGGGAUCCCAGCCAGACUUUCUUCUUCGCUUUUGGUGCAGGUCACUUUCUUGGGAACCACAGUAUUCUGGACAUACUCAGGCAGGAGGGCUAUGAAAUUGUCCACCUUCCAUCUGACCAACAAGGGCAACCUACAGAGACUAAACGAGAUCCAGAACCGCCUGCAACUAAGUCUGUUGAGGAGCCUUCAGACACCAGCAUAGUGACUCCCACUACCUGGUCAACCUUUCCGGAGGAUGAGAUGGAAGAUCCAGACGAUGUGCCUGCCCUAGAGGGGGAAGAACUGACUCACAUGCUGCUCCCCGACAGCCUGAACCAGCUGGAAGAGUUUGGACGACACAAACGACCCCACAAAACUCACCACAGCCAUGGGAGGCCCCGACUCUUCAGUGACCUGUGGGUUCGCAUAGGGGAUAGCACACCACCACCUAAUGUGAGGAUAAUCAACGGGUAUAUAACAGUGGAGCCUCCGCUCACCCGUCAAGAACAGCAGAGGCAGUUGGAUGUCUACUCUACAGAGCAACACGCUGACAAAGAGCACAACUUCAGUACAGCCCCGCUGGCUCACACGUCACUCACCCUGUCUUGUAUUUUAGCCUGGUUUUUAUCACACAUGCUACUCACCUCCUGACCAUAAAACAGUUAUCUCACAGACAGACAAUCAAGAAACCACUACAUCCAUAGCGGAGCAGACAAAUGUACCUGAUAAAGGCAAACAAGGAUGGUCAUCAUCAGCAAGUAAAGACAAAGGAUGAAGAGAAGUUCCAGCCUGGUCUUCAGAGAGCCUUCACCACAGUGAUCAACGUCCAAUACAAGGAAAGAAGUUGUUAAUGAUGUCACAAUCAAUGAAUGGACCGUAGAAAAUGUCUAAAGCCUCUUGAACUAUUUGAAUAAUAAAUAGAAGGGUGAACUAACUUAAAGAAUUGGAAUCUUAAAGCUAAUAAAAUUGUAAUAUUGAGUAGAAAUUAUUUACUUUAACAAUGAGAUCUGAACAGAUCAGAGACAGUUGCAGCGCUGUGCUGAAUAGCUUCAUUGCAUACAGUGGUGUGAAUGAGGGAUCGCUUUGUAAAUUGUGAAUGUGUUUAUACAGAAAAAUUGCAUUGUAUUUAUUAAUUCUGAAAAGCAGAGUAUAUUUUCUUGGUAUUUCAUAAAUAGAAAACAAAACACUAAUGAA